CAGGACGAGAAGAAUCAGAUUAUGACGUCAGUGGUUUGGCUCAGACAGUACUGGUAUGACGAGGCUCUCGUGUGGAACUCCACAAACUUCUGGGGCAUUUCUUACAUCAACAUCCCAUCCAACGAGGUCUGGCUACCGGAUACAGUACUCUACAACUCAGUUGGGAACGACCAUAACCAGCUGAUGACCAAUGUCGUCAUCAACUCCGCCGGUUACGUCACGUGGAUGCCCCCCCCCCCCCCCGGGGGUUCCGGUCGUCCUGUAACAUCGACAUCUGUAACGUCAUCAAUACCAACCGUCUUUGUUUCUGUCGUCAUCAAUACUAACCGUCUUUGUUUCUUACGUCAUCAGAGUUGGGAACGACCAUAA